CAGUCCAUGCACAUGGACUUUGAACAGUGCUCCCCAUAAGAGGAAAAACUAUGGGCACUGGUAGACACCGGGGCCACCAUCAGCUCUGUCAACACCAAGCUCUGUAGCAAGUUUGGGUGGUCAAUAAUUCCUCGCAAAGGGAAAAUCGUGUUGGCCACUAGUAAUGCUAUAGCUCAUAGACUAGGAGUAACAAAACCAAUAAAAGUUUUUUAUAACAACAAACACAUUACACAUUCUUUUGAAGUUUUGGAUCUCGCUGAGAAUAUAGAUGUUAGUUUUGGUACAGAUUUAAUGCCAAGCCUUGGUAUUCAUUUACUGGGACUAGCAGAGAGUUGGUACGGUUCUAAUACACCUCAGACCCCUACACCCAUAGCUGGAAUAGAAAAGCCCAAUAAUUCACCAGCUGGUACACCCACUGAACAUUCUCAAUUCAUGAAGGCUCUACUACCCUUUAUUAAAGCCAAUGAAGCCAUACCCAUCACUUCAUUUUGUACAGUUAAGAAAUCUAUUGUACGACUACCAACGCCCCCAG